CUUGUAUUGUUUAACUAAUCAAGUUUAUAGUGGGUUAUUACAUGACUUUUGUUUACAAGGGAUUUGUGUUUCAAUCCACGGUAUCGAUGGAGAAUUCAAACAUUGUGUCAAGAAAUCGCCAUGUUCGUUUAACACUAAUCAUUUUCUAAAGAAUGAACAGUACGAAUUAACAACACCUCUCGGUUCUGUAUUUUAAGGAUAACAUUCACAUUAAAAUUUAGACUAUGGAUUAUUUAGACUAGUGAUUACAAAUUUUCAAGUGGGAGUUCUAAUCAAAAGCCACAUUAGUUCCUUUGUAAUACGGGAAUUACUGUUUAGACCAAACAAAGUGUCAUAAUUGAUAGUGCUAGAUAAAACAAUGACAAUGUUUCAAAGACGAAUACGUCUAGAUGAUGCGUUAACAUUACCACCGUUUAAAAAUAGUAAAAGUUUACGAGAAAUACACUUAUUACAGAACACAAUAUAUUGCCGUGAUGGUAAACAGCGACUACCAACACCGGACAAGCUGGCUAUCAUGGAGUUAUCAACCAGUUUUCAAAAAAGAAGGUUGGGAAAACAACAACGUAUUCUUACUGAUAUAACUAAACGAUGUCGAGAACAAGAUAUAUCAGACCUAUCUGAUGCUUUGUCGACCAAAUGUAAGUUAAAAGCAGAUAGAGAGAAGAAACACAUCAUCACAAAGAGACCAUUGUCUGAUCCUUCUCCCAACAGUCGCACAGAAACAGCUUAUAAAUCCUUCCCAGUACGAAGAAUAUUCAAAAAAACACGCUAUGAUUUGAAUCAAAGACAAUUACAUCAUAAACAACCUCGUAACUUAAAUAGUGGAUUCCACACCGUCAGAUCAUCUAGAACUUGUGUUGAUGGUUCCCAGGGUUCUCCAACAAAGACAGGCGACCUUUGGGCAGAACCGACAUUUUGUUCUAAACCUCUUGAAGCGGAGAGAAAGACCCGAAAUAAAACAGACCCCUGUAUAACACUAAAAUCCACAAAUGGUACUACCCGAGAAAACACAACAACUGACAUUUAUAGUGAUACCAGACAACAUUGAUGGUAGUGACAAUAUUUGUAACCAUACAAUGACAGUGUUGGUGAGAUCUGACUCUAAUAAUGUUGGUAUAGCAUAAAUGUUGACCCAAAUAUAACACUGACCAUAAUAGUAAUGUUAUCCCAUGACAUUAAUGUAUGUUUAUAUUCACAAUGCAUCAGCAGAGCCAGUGAUAUCUUCCAGUUUGAGUGGUAGUAGAACUUCAAUAAUGUAGUGAAGAACAGUUCCAGUAAAAUCUGACUAAUAAAGUAGAAUUAUGUACAGAUGAACUUGAUACAUUUUGAAAUUGUUAUACUCUGGUGAAAUGAAGUUCAUACUCGAUUUUUUGAGUGCUUUUAAUGUUAGUAUGCAUUUUACAUCUAUAAGUGAUAGUCCCAAUAUACCAGAUGAUAUGCAGCAUUGUUAGCAUGGCAUAGAUAUGGACAAUGUUUAAUGCUGAUGUCAGCAUAACAUUGAAAACAGAUUUUGUUUCAGAGAGAACUCUAAUUAGUAAAUAUGUAAAUAUGAACCUGAUCAGGUCUGAGAUCGAAAAGUUAUUGAUUACUAACAGACUUUUACUUUAUUUAAAUUGAUUCAGUUAAUAUUGAAAUUAAAUCUUAUAUCAAGUGGC